UGUGACGCGCUCCCAGGCUUUGAGACCCCGCCACGUCCAGCCCCUGUCAACUUCUGACUUACCAACAUUCAGAACAAACAAAGUGUUGUUUUUUUUUUCCUAUUCGAAGGACAAGAGGGAAAGGUAGAACUAAAGGAAGAAUAAAAGCUGUAUGUGCUUGAUCGAUUAGUUUUGUCUUUUGUUCUAAAUCUCUUACGCAAUCAAAGGAUUAGGGUUAUUAUUCUCUUUGUAUGCUUGUAUAUUAUAUAUGAGUGAACAGAAACAAGUUUUUUACUGUCUAGAAUAAAUAUUUCAGUGCUGGUUUUUGCUAAUUCUUUUUUUUUUCUUAGAAAUUAUGUCAUCCUUAUACGUUCCGGAGUAAUCCUUAUGUGCUUUCCAUCUGCACUGAGUUUGGAAAAUAUGUUAUACGAAGGAUUUCUUGAUAGCGAUUUUGAAAGUAGGCUUCCAAGACAAAACAAUGGAUGAAGUUUGAGAAAUAAUAGUGUAAAGAGUGCGUUAGGUGUAGUUAAAGAAACAAAAUUUUUUGAGUUUCUUUUCUUGAAAGUUGAGAUGGAAAGAAAGAGGAGCAGCAAUGCUGACGGCAGGGAUGGGGUCGGGGAAAACAACGUGAACCCCGUCAACACGCAUGUUUUUAUCACAGUGCCAGAGGAAGACCUUGGCUUCUCAGGGAAUCUCAAAAAGUACGGCAAGAAGUGCAUCCAAGGCAGCAAGCAGAACGCCCUGCUUAUCGGCCUGUUGCUCUCGGUGGUGAUGGGAAUACUCUUGGGCUUGGUCAUCCGAAGCACCAAGGAUAAGUUCAGCAAGCGGGAGGUGAUGUACCUGGGUUUUCCCGGAGAGCUCCUCAUGAGGAUGCUGCAGAUGUUGAUCCUGCCCAUCAUCCUCUCCUCUCUGAUCUCAGGCAUCGCAGGCCUCGACGGGAAAACCUGCGGCAAAAUGGGGCUGAGGACCAUUGGCUAUUUCACUGUCACCACUUUCAUGGCUGUUUUCCUGGGGAUACUGCUGGCUAUGACUAUCCAGCCUGGUGGUAAUGCUGACCGGAGCUCUAUGAGGCGGUACGGCAAAGCGGAACCUCUCAACUCUGCUGACACUUUCUUGGAUCUUAUCAGAAACGUGUUUCCAGACAAUUUGAUUGUCACGUGUUUCAAUGCGUACCGCACCAAGGAAGUCCGUGUACCAAUCAUGUCAAUACCAGUGGUCAACCUUUCAGCUACCACCACAUCGACCAUCACUACAGAGACGAUGACCACAGAGAGUCCACUGGCCACCACCCUCAACGAAACAGAGGAAGUCCAAUACGACAUUUCACUACUCAACGAAGGCACGGGAAAACCAAAUGUCCUGGGAAUCGUCACUUUCGCCAUUCUUUUCGGCAUCAUGCUGGGCAGGAUGGGAGAGAGGGGGAAACCCAUUCUGGCUUUUUGUGAUUGUCUGGUCGAGGUCACCAUGAAACUGUUUACCUUCUUUUUGUGGUAUUCUCCCUUUGGAAUCGCCUUUCUGAUCGCUGCCAAGAUCGUAGAAAUGGAAGACUUUUCAGUUCUGCUGGGCAAAGUUGGCAUGUAUUUCAUCACAGUCCUGAUUGGUCUUUUCAUUCAUGGCUCCAUCGUUUUGCCGCUCAUUUACUUUGUACUGGUACGGAAAAACCCGUACACUUUUAUCUACGGCAUCUCCCAGGCUUUAGCCACAGCAUUUGGAACAUCGUCCAGUUCUGCCACAAUGCCGGUCACAUUAAAAUGUCUGGAGCAUAAUAAUCACGUCGAUUCCCGAGUGGCGUCUUUUGUCAUUCCUGUGGGGGCGACUAUCAACAUGGAUGGCACAGCCCUGUACGAGGCUGUGGCCGCCCUCUUCAUCGCACAGGUUAACAACCAAAGUAUGAACUUCGGAAAUAUCAUCACCAUCAGUAUAACAGCCACUGCCGCUUCUGUGGGCGCUGCUGGAGUUCCCCAAGCUGGACUCGUCACCAUGGUGAUAGUUUUAGCGGCCGUGGGACUUCCCAUUGAUGAUGUCACGCUCAUUCUCGUCGUCGAUUGGUUCUUGGACAGGUUCCGGACCAUGACCAAUGUGAUGGGGGACAGCCUUGGAGCCGGCAUCGUCCAUCACUACUCGGUGGAUGAGAUGCCGCCGCUAGAGCAUGACCUGCACGACCACGAGAUGGAGAAGCUGCCCAACGGUCAACAACAAGAGACCACGCCCGUUUAACACGACUAAUCGUUUGUCUUCUCUCGUUGGUUUCAUUUUUGUUUUGUUUUUGUUUUUUUUUUUUGUUUUUUUUUUCGUUUUUCACCACCACCACCACGAGCGUAAUGACGUCAUCAGUACUUAAGAGUUCAGUGGACAAUGAACUGCUUUCCAGUGAUGGUCAGGUAUUUCUCUGGACAUCAGACAAUGCACAAUAAUAUAUUGAGUUCACAAUAAAACUAGACUAGUUGCUGACUUAGACUGAACAGUUUCUCUAAGUUGUGGAUAUUUAUUACGCAACUAGUUAAGACCUAAUAGUUAUAAGUGGUAGCCGAAUGUGACCAGGGAAGAGUAGAAUAACUCAAGGGAGAGAAUAACUCUGCUCCUUGAGUUCUCUCCUUCCACAUGAGUAAAUGAACGGAAUAUAAUGUUUGGAAAACGAGGUUUAUUAAAGAUUAUUUUGAAGAAAGUCAGGCAAUUGUGCUACUUUCCUCUGAUAUUAUUCAUGCACCUAGGAUUAGUUUAGAUGUUUAGUUAAGUUAUUCAUGAGGCAUUGGUUGAACCACUGAUAUUUAUCAGACAGACCUACUGUAAUGGAUGUUUUACAAAACACUACCAUACAAUACAAUUAUACAAUAUCACUGGAACGCUGUUGUGUUGUUUCAACAAUGAAUUCUAUGUUAAAGUAGAGCUGUACUUUUAGAAGACUAAUACUAAUGUACUAUUCAUGUAUGGCUUACAAUGCAAACUCACAGAUAUUGUCUUUUCUACUUGCUCUGUUCUAUCUCUAGUGUUGUUGGGUCUACAAAGUUUUCUUUUUUUUUUUACCGGUUACUGAUAUAAACAAAAUUUGAUGGACUUCUUUUAGUAUUACAACUUAAUAUGUUCUAAUGUAAAGUACAAUUGUAUUUGUGGUACACUACAACCUGCAGCUAGGCAAAGGAUUCAAUAUAAACUUCUGAUUAACGAAUGAAAGGUUCACUAUUUAGGCUUCACAGACUUUUGUAGUAUACUAAUUUGAAAGAUAUUAUCAUUCAACGCCAUGGACUUCAGCCAUGCAUGGUAAUCUAAAUUCUAUUGCCGACUAUUUUAAGUGCUUUUGUCUUCAUGCUCACAGAUGAAGGAGUAUGUGCGAAUUUUUUUCUUUUAAAUAUUUCGUUCUGACGUCAUCACUUUUUGUGAACAACUGUACAUACUAGUACAAUGUAUAUUGUGUACAGCGAUGUGUACAUAAUGGUUAUGUCUUUAAAAUUAGGCACGUCAAACACGGUCAGCAGCUGUACUAAGCAGGACAUCAAGAGAGAGGCGAUCCAUUCUUUCACGUUGUCCAGCCAGGUUUUCUUUGUGCUCCCUCGUACCUUGAAGGAUAACUUUUGACAGUGAGUCAUGUCUUACAUUGUGGCCGAGCCACCAGGCCUUCGUUUCUUCACAGUAUUGAGGAGCUCUACCUUUUUUUAGCCAGCCAGUGUGUUGACUUGUAAAAGUACAAACUCAUUUGUUUUCUUUUCCUUGUAUCAGCAGUUUUCUGUAGCAUUUUACUCUCAAAGGAUUGAAUUCUUCUUUUGGCCUAAGUGUCCAACUUUCACCACCAUAAGGAAGUACAUAGACCACUAACCUUUAACGAAUAAAAUAUGCUGGCAGUUUUAAUUAUUAUUGGAAACUGAUGCUAUUCUUACAGAUUUUCCAGAAUUUAGCACUACGGAAUUUAAUAUUUCUUUCCAUUUGUAUCACAAACAUUCUAGUAUUAAUUGGUCACCACAAUGAUCUUUCGAUAUAGUGUUAAAAUUUCACUCUGUGUAAUAAAAAAUCAACAACUUUGCAGCUCUCAAAACGAAACAAAUAUGACCAAUGCGACACUCCACUUGCCCCACGUUUGACUUGCCUAAUUUAAAUGGCAUUUAUUUGAACCUGUUUUGUCUCCUGUCUCCGAGUAAAUCGGGAAGUCCCGUUAGAAACCUGUAUUAGAUGGUGGCUAUUUAGUUUUGAUGUAGAUUUAAAUGUAUUGGCCUCGUUCUACGUCACAGUCUACAUUUAUACAUCAUGUAAAUAACACACGUACUUUUGUAUACAUGAUACAUUGAUGAACUAUUGUUUAUUUUAUUGUGUUUUGGAUACUUUAUGUAGGAUUGUGAUACAACGUUAAGGUUGUGAUAAACUGUCAUGAGUUGUGAUAAUUUUUAAUGGGGCUGUGAUAAACUUAGCACACACAUAUUGAAGGUUGUGAUACACGUCAACCAUAACGGGUUGUCACUUUGUGGUUGUUUUAUUUCGUUGCUAUUUAUUUUUUUCUAUAGAAUUUAUCCUAGGGUUAAGUGUUGUUGUUUUUUUUUUCAUUAUUAUAUUCACGCGAGAGAGAGAGAGAGAGAGAGAGAGAGAGAGAGAGAGAGAGAGAGAAGAAGUGGAAGAAGAAGAUGAUAACGAAUAGUUGUAAUGCAGCUAGGCUUAAAAAUGUUAUCAAAUGUUUAUUUCAGAAAGCUAUUUUUUAUAUAUAAAAAGGGAAAAAUGUUUAAGAUUAAUUAGUUAUUGAUAAACUAGGAAAUGGAAUUGAGACAAACAUACCCAAAUGAGAGAGAGAGAGAGAGAGAGAGCAGCCAUUGUGCAUUUUAUUCCGAGACGUGAUGACAAAAUAUGAACUUCCGGCUGGAUGAACCGCCAACAUUACCAUCUCCAGUUCACCGAGCCGCCACAUUGCGUCUGCUGGCGUGAAAUAGGAACUCCACACACCCUGGCUCCACCUGUUCCCACCAAUUAAUUCAUGUGAUGUGACGACUGGUGAAACACAAGACUGAAAGUAGGUUAACUUAAGAGAAUGUGGGCUAGCCAGGGGCAGCUACUCGGUAACGUCUAAGAAUGAUUUGGUUUAUUACAAGAACAAGGACUGUGGUGAUGCUGUUAAAAGAUGAACAAGUAAUAUCAUCGUGUUCUCUGUGGAUUAAGAAGAAAUUGAAUUGCUAUUUGUUGUUUUAGAAUAAAAUUUAUUGAAUUGUCCCCAUAACAAAAAAAUAGAAAUUGGAAUGUUUAUAAAUAUUACUUAUUUACUGAGGAAAGUUCAAAAGCCUAUUUCUACUGCCAACGAUAGUGAAUUUGUGCCAGCAUUAUGCCGAAUUACGCGUACCAAUGUAGUGCUUUCAUAUAAAAUGGAAUUCAAUAUAUUUUGUUUUAAAUAAUGAGAAGCAUUUAGCAAAUGACAGUAAAUAAUGACAACAGUAGAUUUGAAUUUUGAUUUUUUUUUAAUCCAAUUAAUCUCGUCAAACAUUGACAAUUAUCAAUAGUUUAGCAACAUUUCUCGAUUCUUCUCGGUCAUUUCAGUAGUUUAUUGAAACAUUGAUACUUGAAACUUUAAUGUUAAAUCUUAUAAAUGUUAAAAAAUAAUGUGAAAGAGAAUAGAUGGAUAUAUAAUGCUUGAAGUAAAAUUCUUAUACUGUGAAGUUAAAAUUCUGCUAAAAACAACCAAUUCAUUUGGCAUUAGUCCAAUGCCGUACACAUUGUUUUUAUCUUUUGAUGCUAUCUUGGGAGUAAUGGUAGCUUGACUUCCCCUGUAGCUAUAUAAACAGCGAAAUGAUAAAUAGUUCAAUACUGUAAAGUCAGUUUCUUAUCUGUGUUAUUACUUUUGUUCUAUAAGGACAUUAGGAGCAUCCUGAAAGCUCUGGUCAGACACAAGACUUCCAUUUUAAAAAAUGGAACUACUUUCAAUUACGUAAUGGCCAAGCUCAUUGUCCGAAUACAAAGUCUUAUCACAAAUAAAGCUAAUUACUAAAAAAAAAAGUAGUUCUUUUGCUGUCCCUAAGUGAACAAAAAAACGAAAGUAUUCUGACAACAUUUCCUCGUUGAAGAGUUCAUCCAUGUGUCGUCUGCUUUGUUCAACUUCGUCUGGAAAAAAGAAACAACAUCAUUGAUUUAAUCUGAUGCAAUGACAACAAGCUUAGUAGUUGAAUUAAUCAGAACGGUCUAAUUAUCAGCGGCGUAACAACAUGUGGGUGAUUUACAAUAAAGUGUCUUUUUUUUCCUACUGUUCGUUCUUCUUUUUAAAUUUACGGAAUGUUUCUUCUAGCUCAUGACAAACUUUCUCUCCCUCCUUCAAGUUGUGCUCUCUAAAAAUUGCGCAAUCGCAGACGAUCUUUAUGAAUAGAUUAAUAUCGUGGCGCGGAUGGAGAUCAAUUCUGGUCCUUCUGUCUGCUCCAGACUUCCCCCGGUCUCUCUCUCAGGAUUCCGACAUUGGAUAUUGUUGUUGUCUUUUAUUUUCCCAAUCUGGGCCGCGCACUAAAGCGUCUAGAGCAUGGCAAUGUCUUAGUGACGCCCUGGGCAUGUCAUUCUUCUCUCCCCUCCACAAACGCGAGCGCGUGCGUCUGUGUGUGUGUGUGUGUGUGUGUGGUUAGAACAAAAAAGGCUUGAGGUGGGGGGUGGAGGUUGUCUUUAAACCACUGAUGUUUCUAAUCGGCUCUGCUGCCUGGGCAUCACAAGGCAGUCAUAAUGAAAUCAAUACCUGAAAACUAAGCAGGAAAAAAGUGUGAUGUGUUGGUAUGUGUUGAUGUGUGUGUGUGUGUGUUUUUAGUAUGCGCCUGCUGUAAACAUACGUUGGCUAUUCGCCAAGAGCUUGUGGCCAGUGGUCUUCCCCACCCCCUUUCCCUGUUUUGUUUCACUUGCCUAGAAAAGUCACUUGAAAAAAAAACUGAGCAGAAAAUUUUGUUAACACGAUAUCGUUGGUAUUUUUCAAGGGACAUUCACUUGUUGAAAUGUUGAUGUGUAUUCAGUGGCUACCUGGUUUGCAAGCGCUCUGGACUGUCCUCUUGAUGGUCAUGUUUGACCCUUUCCCGCCACCCUCUCCCCCGCUGUCCUGCAAGAGGUUUGUGCUAAGAUGUUGAAACCUUCACUUCUGAAAUACGUUACGAAAACGAAACAAGUAGCUCACCUGCGAAUAACGUGUUCCAAGUGUUCCAGGUGUUCUAAGUGUUCCAGGUGUUCUAAGUGCACACUCGUUCAAAGUUAACCCGGCAUUGCCCCAGAACAUAAGAAAUAUAUGCGCUGAAUAAAUAUGUUACGUUGAGUGUCCAUCACCAUGGAAUUCACAAAAAAAAAAAAAAAAUAACCGCGGGCCCGCACUGAAUUUCAUUACCUGUUCGCUUACAUAACUAAAAUAAAAAAAAUGUUUUUUGUGAGACCAAUAUGUACCGGAAACAGAAUGUUGCUAGGGCUGCCACUCAUCAUACUUUGAGAAUCUUCUUCCCUCUAUUUUUAAAAGCUCACAUUAACCCAUUAAGCGCUACUUUUAAAGAAGGACAUCCACUUAUUUCUCUGGCUUUAAAUGUCCAAGUCAUUACAGAAUGUGUCGAUGUCACUCACAAGUGUUCGUCUUAUUUUCCAACUGACCAACUUUUUUGUUACAGCAGAUCCUGAAAAAAGAAAUUCGAUUAAUUAAAUGCGAAUAUAUAAUCGUAAUGAAAUAAAAAAGCGAAUCACAUUUGUUUCAACGAAUUUCUGUGACGCCAAUACGGAGUUGAUAUUAUUCUGUUCACUAAAAAAUGCAUGUCAUAUUUUUUUCUGGCUGUGCAGUCGCUACAUAACUUCAUAAUGUAAUGACGCAUGUAAUUGUUUUUAUAAACCAAUGUUUAGGCAAUUUGUGUGUAACAUUGAAUUGUUGUUUUUACGACAUUGGCAGUUGACACGACAAAGUUCACUGCCUGUGUAGAAACUAAUUGUGGUCGAUAUUUUUGUACUGAGUAGCUCCACUAGCGUAGAUUGUGUUUUGUUUCACACACACACACUUCAUGUCAACUCCAUGUACAUUGAUGUCAUUUGUAACUCGUCACCUCGUCUACCUCUGGUUUUACUGUGUCAUACUGUAGGGGGUAAUACCUAACAUAGCAUCAUUCUAUAGUUUAUAUGAUUAGAAGAUGAACAAAUAACGUAGUCAUGGUUACAUCAGCACUUCCUGUUUCUCUUUUGUACGAGUUUUUCUCCCAUUUAGUUUUUUUCUUGGUAUUAUUUUUAUACUAAAAAUGUUUGUUUUUUUACUUAGAGAAGUUGUGCGUUCUUUAAUAAACAAAUUAA